UUUCCAAAAAUAAACACAUGUGCACAGGGAACAACAUGAGGGUGAAGAAUCUUCUGGAUUUUAUUGCAAAAUGUGGUUUGAUGUAUGCACUGUUGUGUCCUGCAUAUUGUAAUGAAGAAGAAUCGGAAUUUACGGACAAAAUGGACCCAAAUAUGGACUUUCGUGGUGGUGGAGAGAACAUGGCGACAGCGAUUUAUAAGAAAAUGUUUAAGCACAAGAGAGCAGCACAAGUGGAUGCGGUGAAGAAAAUCCUGGCUUUCAACAAUUACGAAAAACAAUACAAGAUGGUUUCAAAAAUAUUUGAGAAUCUCUUCCAGAUGCUAGCUGCUUCCAAGUUGACUUUGAUGCAGUCUGGUUUCACUCCAGGUGACCCUAUACCAACAAAGAAUAUGACCCUCAGAGAUGCACAUUCUCAUGUUUUAGAAAACACAGCAUUCUUCGGGGACAUCAUUCUUAGAAUGCCAGAUAUAAGUCAUAAAUUGAUAGACAAGAAAAAAGAAUGGCAGCUUCUCAUUGGGUGGAGUGUGGCAUUUUGCAAUGAAUCCAAGAUAUUUGAAGGACCUAAUCUUAAGAUGUUGAAUCUGAUGGCACAAGAGAUGAAUUUAGUGGACAGAGACCCAGCAUAUGUGAACCCCUAUACCUCAGGAAACAAGAAGCUCUUGAAAGACUUAGAAGUGCAAGAUGACCAGAAAGUGGACAUUAAGAAAAACAAGAAGAAAAAGAAGAAAGACAAGAACAGAGGACCUAGAAUGAGUGGACCUGUGCAUAACGAGCUAUAGUGCUAUGUAUGCAUUUGGACUCCUGCCAAAUUUUCAAAGUCAAUAAGCAUUUUGUGAUUUUUUGUCAUUCCUUUGUUUUCUGUUUGUUUAGAGUGUAACUUGAUCGUACAUGUGACUUUUCUUUAUCCUUAUUGCAAUUUUAUUGUCCUCAUUGUGUUUGGGAUAUAUUUCAGUCAAACAUUAUAAAUUUUGGAUCUGAAAUAUCUCUUAUGAAAAAAGAGAGAGAGUUUCAUGGAAGCAAUAUUGUCAUGGAUUUUUCGUCAUAUUGAAAUGCAUAAUUUUUAUAUAUUAUUAUACAUGUGUAUUAUAAAUUUGAAAAA